GGUCCUCGGAAGUCGCGUUAUUUUUAGACAUGGUAUUUCCCAUCUGCCGUGGUAUUUGCUAGCAAAUACCCCGGCAGAUGGAAUUCCCUAAUGACAAAUACACCGGCAGAGAAAAGAUAUCUCAAUAUAUAGAAAAUUUGUGAAAAAUACCAUUUCACUCAUCCAAACAAAAUACAGCAUUAUUACAUAAAAUGGAAUUAUGUUGAAUAAGAAACAAAAAGUAUAAAAAAAUCAUUAUCCAGUUAUUUUUGGGAAAAGAAGAAAGUGAAAGUGAAAGUACAAACCAAUGAUAAGGGAUAUCAAUACUUAUGAGUCACUAGAUAGACUGAGGGAACAUUCAUAAUGGCGUCUGUUUACUGGCAAGACUACCUCUCUCUAAAAAAAGCACUGUUGCAUAUGUUUGAAAAUAAGAUCUCUUGUGAUGUAAUUUUUGAUAUUGGGAGUGACGAGAUACCUUGUCAUAGUUUUGUAUUGAUUGCUCGUAGCCAUGUCUUUGAAGCCAAUCUGGACAGUCCAUUGGUAAAAUUAAGCAGAUAUGGUGUGAACUCGAUGAAGAAAAUAGAGUUACAUGAAGUAGUAGACACUGAUGGCGUCAAAGAAUUUCUCAGAUAUCUGUAUACAGAUGACAUUGACCUCGGUGAAGAUAAUGUGAUGACCUUGUUGUACUUAGCACGUAAGUACAUGGUUUGCAGCCUUUCUGAAAAGUGUCAGAGUUUUAUCACCGCAGCAAGCCUGGAUGACCCUACUAAUGCAGUAGAGCUUUAUCAUCAGGCAUUCCUGCUAGACAUUACAGAUGUGAUGGAGGACAGCAUGAAGGUCAUCAAUCAAAGCACAAAGCGAUGUUUGGAAUCGGAGGCAUUCCUUACACUUCCUCCUCAAUGUAUUAGAGGUUUGAUAGCAGACGAUCAUCAUCAACUGGACGAAGACAACAUAUAUCGUUAUGUUGUGCAAUGGUGUGAGCGCAGGUGUGAAAGAGAGGACAUUGAAAACUCUGAUGAAAAUUAUCGAAAAGUCCUUGGAGAUAUUUUGUACGAAAUACGGUUUCCAAACAUAAGUUACAAGUUUUUUAAAUCAUCAAUAGAGAGAAGAAACAUAUUAACAGAAAGAGAAAAGAAAGACCUUACAAACAUGUAUAGAAAUGAGAAUAGAUGCACGUAUAGAGGAAUCUUCAAGUCCAAACCUAGAAAUGUCAGUGAGCGUUUGAUGAGAAUGACGGACUAUGAAGAAAACUUAAUUCUAGACAAUGCCAAUCAUUCAAUAGCUUUCACGUCGUCGGAGAAAGUUCUUCUACAUGGUAUCGUCACAUAUGGAUUAAGCCACGAAAAACAGAAGUUUAAAAUUUACGUUAAACUAACGGAUGGAAAUGGGAAAGAGAUCAUGAAUGAUGAAUUCUGGGUAAAAUCUAAACCAAUGGAAAAAGAGUAUGAUGUAAUAUUUCAGAAAGCUGUAGAAAUUCAACCAGACAUAAAAUUUGUCAUAUCAUUGGAACUAGAUGAAGCAAACUGGAUGUGGAAUGGCAAAAAUGGAAUUCGAAGUGUGUAUUUUAAUAACUCAGAAAUACAGUUCACAGAUGAACCUGGAACGGAAGAAACUAAUACAUUUCAGGGACAAAUUCCUGGGAUAAUUUUAUCAUGAUAACUGCAAUGAUAGAAGAUGUUUUUUAAUUUAAAUUACAUGACUUUCAUUAUAAACAUUAAUUCUUUAUUCCAGAAUCAUCACAUGACGUUAGAUUACCUAAAUUACAUGCGUAUUUAACUAAAUAGUUAAUAGAUGCUAUAUUUAAUGUAAAAACAUAUUUUUGUAUAAACUCCAUACAUAAUAGGGCCCGUAGAUUUUUUCUUGGAGUAGGAAAAUAUACACCAAAUAAUGUCCUCUUUAUGACGAUUUUAGAAACCGUUUAUAUUAUGUUGCUGAAACUUUUAAUGAAAAUUAUAAUACUUUAGAUGACAAACAAAAAUUAGUGUUUAUAUUCUCAGAUGAAGAUAUGAUACGUGUGUGUGCCAAAACCUGUUAUUUAAUUUUAAGAAGACGUAGAAAUUUUAUUUAUUGUAAAUAGUUCUUUAUUUCAUAUUGUUCAAUGUAGUAAAUCUAUGAAUUUUAAUAUUCUCUCACAAGUCUGUAUAGAAUGGCUCUCAUUUUAUGUAGUAUUGUGUUAAAAUUUAUAAAUAUCGAUUGUACUUGUUGAGAGAUGAGACUUGAAUAAAACAUUGUAUUGAAUUGCUAUUAUACAUUAUACUACUCAGAAUGAAAGGCCAUUCAUACACUGCUGUCAAACUCAUUACUUUGAUCUGACCGAUGUAGAUAUUUAUAUAUCCUUUGGUCCUCGUCUUAGAUUUAUCUGAUUGAAAAUUGUACCACAGCUUUCAUCUUCAAUGAAAAUAAAGGAAAUCUUAAACGGAA